GGGACGGAGGGCGGAGCCAGGGGUGGGGCGGGCGCGCUCCGGGCCUUGAACCGCUCGGCAUUCUGCAUGCUUCUCCGGUGUACGUUGUUCGCUGUAGUCUCCGCUUCAUCAGCUCCCGGCCUCUCGCCCCUACUGUGUUGCCACAAUGUCGCUUUCUAACAAGCUGACCCUGGACAAGCUGGACGUGAAGGGGAAGCGGGUCGUUAUGAGAGUGGACUUCAAUGUUCCUAUGAAGAAUAACCAGAUAACAAAUAACCAAAGGAUCAAGGCUGCUGUCCCAAGUAUCAAAUUCUGCUUGGACAAUGGAGCAAAGUCAGUUGUCCUUAUGAGUCAUCUGGGCCGGCCUGAUGGUGUUCCCAUGCCUGACAAGUACUCCUUACAGCCAGUUGCAGCAGAGCUCAAAUCUCUGUUGGGCAAGGAUGUUCUGUUCUUGAAGGAUUGUGUGGGCCCAGAAGUAGAGAAUGCCUGUGCCAACCCAGCAGCUGGGUCUGUCAUCCUGCUGGAGAACCUCCGCUUUCAUGUGGAGGAAGAAGGGAAGGGUAAAGAUGCUUCUGGGAACAAGGUUAAAGCUGAGCCAGCCAAAAUAGAUGCUUUCCGAGCUUCAUUGUCCAAACUAGGGGAUGUCUAUGUCAAUGAUGCUUUUGGUACUGCGCACCGAGCUCACAGUUCCAUGGUGGGUGUAAAUCUGCCACAGAAGGCUGGUGGGUUUUUGAUGAAGAAGGAGCUGAACUACUUUGCCAAGGCCUUAGAGAGCCCAGAGCGACCCUUUCUGGCCAUCUUGGGCGGUGCUAAAGUUGCAGACAAGAUCCAGCUGAUUAAUAAUAUGCUGGACAAAGUCAAUGAGAUGAUCAUUGGUGGUGGAAUGGCUUUUACCUUCCUUAAGGUGCUCAACAACAUGGAGAUCGGCACUUCUCUGUAUGAUGAAGAAGGAGCCAAGAUUGUCAAAGAUCUCAUGUCCAAAGCUGAGAAAAAUGGUGUGAAGAUUACCUUGCCUGUUGACUUCGUCACUGCUGACAAGUUUGAUGAGAAUGCCAAGACUGGUCAAGCUACUGUGGCCUCUGGCAUACCUGCUGGCUGGAUGGGCUUGGACUGUGGUACUGAGAGCAGCAAGAAAUAUGCUGAGGCUGUGGCUCGAGCUAAGCAGAUUGUUUGGAAUGGACCUGUGGGGGUAUUUGAAUGGGAAGCUUUUGCCAGGGGAACAAAGUCUCUCAUGGAUGAGGUAGUGAAAGCCACUUCCAGGGGCUGCAUCACUAUCAUAGGGGGUGGAGACACUGCCACAUGCUGUGCCAAAUGGAACACAGAGGAUAAAGUCAGCCAUGUGAGCACUGGGGGUGGCGCCAGUCUAGAGCUCCUGGAAGGUAAAGUCCUUCCUGGGGUGGAUGCGCUCAGCAAUGUUUAGUAUUUUCCUGCCUUUUGGUUCCUGUGCACAGCCCCUAAGUCAACUUAGUGUUUUCUGCAUCUCCAUUUGGUGUUAGCACAAGAUUCAGCUAGUCGCCAGGAGAUGCAGCACCAGGAACCCUUACACUGUUGCACAGCAUCUCAGCUCAUCUUUACUGCACCGGGAUUGUCUACAUUCUUCAAGAUCCCAUUUAAAUUCCAUAGUGACUAAACCAUUGUGCAUUCUAGAGCGCAUCUAUUUAUAUUUUGCUUGUUAAAGGAAAGUGAGCUGUAUUCUUAGUUUUCUUUUUGAUGUAGCCUCUGAUUAGCUUUGUCACUGCUCAUGACUCAGCAUGGAAAUAAGACAAAAUUCCAGUUGUAGGUCUGGAGAAGUUGAAGAUCUAUUAAACAAUAAAGAUGUCCAUUGAAACUGUU